UAGUGCGUUAUCAGUUCACACUCAUCUGCCAUUUGAGGAGGUGGAGUGAAAUACACAUUACGAAAUGAGUUUGCUAAUCGUUUUGGCGGCAGUCACUUUUGCCCAUGGCGCCAAAUUGGACAAGACGUACCUCCCUCCCUCUCAUGCUCAAUCGUCAGGAGGAUCUAACUUUUUACAAGCCCCAGCCUCAUCUCCUCAGUUCAGAGGUUCUGGCCCGCAGAACUUCGGUGGAGACCAAAACUACGUCAGAAACAAUGGUUUCGCCCAGAACGGAAACGCUUUUGCCCAGAAUGCAAAUGACUAUGACCAGAAUGGAAAUGGAUUCGCCCAGGGUGCAAAUGGUUUCGCCCAAAACGAAGAUUAUAAUGUGAACUACGUAAACCGCCCUGAAAGACCCCAGGCUGUCUUCGAGAAGAACGCGGCUAUUCUUCGCCAAGACAACUCCAAUGAUGGAGAAACUUAUUCGUAUGCUUACGAAACAGAGAAUGGUAUUACUGCUGAAGAAAAUGGCGUAGCCACUAACGGUGUUGAGGCUCAAGGAGGCUAUUCUUACACUGGUGAUGAUGGUCAAGUUUACACUAUAAGGUAUACAGCCGGCCAGAAUGGUUUCGUUCCAGAAGGUGACCAUCUUCCCACCCCUCACCCCAUCCCGGAGGAGAUCUUGAAGGCUCUGGAGCAGAACGCUAGAGAUGAAGCAGCAGGCAUCUAUGAUGAUGGUUCUUACAAGGAAGCUUCAUACAACGAAGAAUACGCUGGGUUCAACUCUCAAAAUCAAUAUUCCCAAAACGAUUUUCCCUCUGAUGAUUCCGUAACAGUCAACGCCGCUUUCCGCAGCCAAGGAAACGCCAGAUUGGGCAAUGGAGGACGGUACCAAGGAAAUGAUGGAUCUAUUGGCCAAGGUUCAGUUGGGAGUCCAUCUUUCGGCCAAGCUGGAAGAUCUGGAUCAGGUGUCAGUAACCGGUACUUGCCUCCAGUGAACCAGAGGAAUGCCAAUGUCUUCGGUAGCAGGAGUCGACAGUCCACGUGAUAAUGGCCGUGAAGGAUACAGAUUUUAAAUAGCUUCCUUUUUGAAUUAAUAAAUUAUUAUU